AUGUCUUCAUUUGAAGAGUCGUUAAUUGAAAAUGUCCGCGAACACAAGUCUUUAUACGAUGUUUUUUCCGCCGAUUAUAAAGAUCAGAACAUUCGUAAAGAGGCAUGGGAAGAGAUUGAUAAAAAUCUUAAAAUGUCAGCUGAAAAGUGUAAGUCAGAAUGGACUAAAUUGCGAAAUUGUUUUCUAAAUGCUAUCAGAAGACGUAGAAGUAAGACAAGUGGUCAAGCUACCAAGAAUAUUCCACCUUGGAGGUUUUCCGAACAAAUGGAAUUUAUAUUGCCCUUUUUGGAAAACCGAGAGUAA